AUGGGCCAAACAGCAUCUCAACCGUCUCCCGACAAGUCCUUGAAAGUCAUCGGAGCCGGUCUCUCGAGGACCGGAACGACAUCCUUCGGCGCAGCCUGCUCACUCCUUCUCGAUGGCCCGUGCUACCACGGAGGCACCCAAAUGCUCAACUCCCCCGAGUCGCACAUCAAGCGCUGGAUUCAGAUCAUCAAACACACCCCGGCGAAGAAUGAAGCCGACCGAAAGGCACUGGUGUCAGGAGUCAAAGAGAUGCUCGAUGGUUAUGUUGCCUGCACCGAUCUCCCAUCCAAUGCCUUUGUCGAGGAAUUGAUGGAGAUCUACCCCGAUGCCAAAGUCAUCUGCACGGUGCGAGAUCCCGAUAAAUGGUGGAACAGCUUGGCCCCCAUCGUCGAAAAGGGUAACUUGACUGUUUUGUCGUGGAUCCUGGCGCCUCUCCCAACCCUGCGCAUGUUCCGAACCUACCACGAUGCCUUGGACGAUGGCCGCGUGGGCGAACUGUACUUCCGUGAAGGCGAACCCAAGAGACCGACCAGAGCUAUGUGGGACCGACACAUCGAACACCUCAAGAGAGUCGUGCCCAAGGAGAAGCUGUUCUUCUAUGACGUCCGUGAUGGUUGGGAGCCGCUUUGCGCCAUCUUGGGUGUCCCCGUCCCCAAGGACGUCCCAUUCCCCAAGUUGAACGAUGCCCAAUCCAUGGAGAGCUUCAUGAAAGCAAGUGUCCAGCGUGGAUUGAUGGCCUGGGCUGGUAUCUUCGUAACCAUUGGUGUUGCCGGAUUCGCCGCCGCCAAAUAUGCCAAUGUGAUAUAA